CACGUUUCUUACUGCGAAAUUAAGAUGACCAAAAAGCUUCUCGCAGCCUUUCUUUUUGCUGCCUCUUCAAUAGGCUUGGAGUGUGCAUUUUUCACAAAACGAAAAAACGAUUGGAAUAUAAGAAAGUUCGUUAAUACGUCAGAACACAUCUGGACAUACAGUACGAGUGACUGCAGACAAAUUGAGUGCAAAAUGGACGCAAAGGUAUCAGCCACCAAGACAUCGCUCGUCUUUAAUAGGUCGUACUACAUAGGGACAGAAAGGAUUCAUGAUGUCUUAGAAGGACAGUUUUUUGAGAAGCAAAAGGACCGCAUGGCUAUUCGUCGUGGAGGUGGCAGUUUCAUGGAGUCAGAGUAUAUGCUUUAUUACCAUAAGAAUGGCGGCUGCGCGGUUUUUAGAGUGAAGACGCAAAACCACGGCUUUUAUCUUAUUAAGAUGCAGCCUUUGAGGACGCGUUUAUACAGACGACAAGUAACAAAGGUGUUUUUUGCAGAAUGAAAGCGGUUUGUUGUGCUGGCAAAGUGGUGCAAAAGAAAUAUGUUAAUAAAGCCGUAAAUAAAAUGACGUAAAACGAGAAAGAUCCGCUCAACGUGUACUAUAUGGAUAAUGAUUGAUGAUCUAUCAGGAGGUAUCAGCAGCAAUAAUAAAUAGUAGACAUCUGAGGGGAAGCUACGUGAAUGGUUACAGAUGAAUGGGGGAAAAAUGAUUGGGUAUCUUUUAA